CAGCCGCAGUGUUCUGGUAGUGGUUUAAGUUUUGCAGGAAAAAUAGCUCUUCAGCUGCUCAACGCUUUUCGAACUUUCACUUUGAAAUUGCUUCACACUUAAAACAGAUUUUCAAAUCUGUGAUCCAAUCUAACCCUUGUUCUCCAAAAGUUCAAAUUUCCUCAACGCAUUUGUUUUCUCCACAAGGGAUAGGUUAAAUUCUCAAGAGACAACGAUGUUGCACGAGCUUUUGCUAGCAUUACUGGGCUACACCGGUGACUUAAUCGUCGACCGGCGGGACCACCUCACCGCCGAAGCCCCCAUUUCCGACGAAUGCACCUUCAAGCUCGCUCCCGACAUCUCUUUUAUCGACCCAAGCGACAGGGAACUUAUUGAGAGGAUCAUCGUGUUGGGGUUUUAUUAUAGGGAGAUGGAGCGGUUUUCAGCCAAGUGCAGGAAUUUAAGUUGGAUAAGGUCUGCGAAUACGAAUCCUUUAGAGAAAAAGGAGAAGGGAAGUGUGUAUCGUAGGGCCCUAGCCAAUGGCAUUGUGGAAGUGCUCUCAGUUUAUAGGUCUGCGGUUCUGCAUAUUGAACAGAAGUUAUUGUCCGAAACCAUGCCUAUCUUGGCGACAGUUACUCAGGGCCUUAACAAGUUUUUUUGCCUUUUGCCUCCUCUUUACGAACUCAUCCUGGAGAUUGAGCGUGAUGAUAUUCGAGGAGGUCAACUUCUUAAUCUUCUGCAUAAAAGAUGCCAUUGUGGGGUGCCUGAGUUACAGACUUGCAUGCAAAGGCUUCUUUGGCAUGGACACCAGGUCAUGUAUAACCAGCUUGCAUCGUGGAUGGUCUAUGGGAUUCUUCAAGACCAGCAUGGAGAAUUUUUCAUUAGGAGGCAAGAAGAUAGAGAUGUAGGAAGCAACUCAUCUCAUCCAGAUAUCUCUGAAAAGUUGGCACGCAUGUCAAUCGAUGAUGCAUCAUUGUCUGAUUGGCACUUGGGCUUUCAUAUUUCUUUGGAUAUGCUGCCAGAAUAUAUACCUAUGCGUGUUGCUGAGUCAAUUCUUUUUGCUGGAAAGGCUGUUAGGGUUCUACGAAAUCCAAGUCCUUCCUUCAAGUCAGGGGAUGCUGUGCAUCCUCAAAUGCCUAAAAGUUUGCAGAAGAUACAUGGAUUAGCAGGGCGUUUUCAUUUUCAUAGGGAACCUGCAAUUAAUAUGGGAAUAGGAGAUGAUUUGCUUCCACAAACUGAGGCAGAUAAGAUUGAAGCAAUGCUUCUGAACCUAAAGGAAUCAUCUGAAUUUCAUAAAAGAUCAUUUGAAUGUGCUGUGGACUCUGUUCAGACUAUUGCAGCCAGUCAUCUCUGGCAGCUUGUGGUUGUACGUGCUGACUUGAAUGGCCACUUGAAGGCAUUAAAAGACUAUUUUCUAUUGGCAAAAGGAGAUUUGUUCCAGUGUUUCCUUGAGGAAAGUCGUCAGUUAAUGCGACUGCCGCCACGCCAGUCAACAGCUGAAGCUGAUCUUACUGUCCCAUUUCAGCUGGCUGCAUUAAAAACUAUUGGUGAAGAAGACAAAUAUUUUUCUAAAGUGUCUCUGCGGAUGCCUUCUUUCGGAAUCACAGUUAAACCUUCCCUAAUAGAUUUACCAAAGCCAACCUCUUCUGUGGAUGGUGGCAUUGGUGCUUCACUUUCAAAUGCUUUAUCAGAAGUGUCAGUAGAUGGUUGGGAUGGUAUUGCACUUGGGUAUUCUGUUGAUUGGCCUUUACAUUUGUUCUUUACUCAAGAAGUCCUGUCUAAGUACCUUAGAAUAUUCCAAUACUUACUGCGGCUCAAACGAACACAAAUGGAGUUGGAGAAACUAUGGGCAUCUGUAAUGCACCAAUAUCAUAGUGAUUUUGCCAAACGCCGAAAUGAUCAAGAGAAGAGCUCAGAAACCCAGCAGAAACAACAGAGAUUUCGACCAAUGUGGCGUGUCAGAGAACACAUGGCAUUCUUGAUCAGAAAUCUCCAAUUUUAUAUUCAGGUUGAUGUGAUAGAGUCUCAAUGGAAUAUUUUGCAAUCUCAUAUUCAAGAGUCUCAUGAUUUUACAGAACUUGUGGGCUUUCAUCAAGAGUAUCUGUCAGCCUUGAUUUCACAAACUUUCUUGGACAUUGGUUCUGUGUCGAGGAUACUGGAUAGUAUCAUGAAGCUUUGCUUGCAAUUUUGCUGGAAUAUCGAGAACCAAGAUAACAGUUCAAAUACUUCUGAACUGGAACAUAUAGCUGAGGAAUUCAACAAGAAAUCAAAUUCCUUGUACACUAUACUGCGCAGUAGCAGACUUGCUGGAAGUCAGCGAGCCCCGUUUUUGAGACGAUUUCUCUUGCGAUUGAAUCUGAAUUCCUUCUUUGAGUCAACUGCAAGAGGAGUUCUGAAUGUUGUUAGGCCACGCCCUACACUUCCUGCUUUAAACCAACAGUAGUAUCCAUAUCAUUCCACCACAAUUUCAGAGUUUCUUGCAUCUCGGGGCAUUUGGCAUGUGAGCUUCCGUGGAGUGACAGAGUUUAAUGUUGGCAUUCGAGUGGCGAUUGCUGUUUGACAUCAUGCAUGUGUCCUCUGAAAGUCAAUUGCACAUUCCACUUGCUAUGUGGUUCGUGAUCCUAGCUGAUUUGAUUUUAAUGUAAAAACUGGUCAGUUUGGUAGUGGUUCUCCAUCCUUGCUGAUUUUUUUUUUUUUUUUUUUUUUUUAUUUAGUGGAAGCACUGGCCAGUUUAGAAGGUGGUUCGUGCUUGUGCUUUUGGUGGCUGGUAGAGAUGGCUGUUGCUGUCUCUGCCACGGUGUUGCAUUUUGUUAAUGUGAGCAGUGAUAUUUGUGUAUAGUGUAAUUGAUUUAUAAGAUUAUUACUACAUGCAAUACGUAGGUGAUCCAGCGUGGUUUUUGUUUGUUCCAA